ACUUCAACAUACGAUGGUUGUUAAUACUGAAGAUAAUGCUUCAUCUUUACUGUCUACACCCAGUAAAGAGAAACCUUUUAUUCUGGAAAGAAAAACAGUUGAUUAUGAGGAUUAUUCUGUAAGAUUCUCUCAAGAGAAACAGGACUACUCCGUACAAUUUGCUCAUGUAUAUUCAGCAAGGCUUAACGAGUUAAAAGAUAUCCUUAUUAAGGAAAUAUGUAAAAAAUGGGGAAGUAUUCGUAUUGUGAAACUUGCUGAGUUGGAAGAAGUUGAGAAUGAGCGCUGCGUUAUAAUUGGUACACAAUUCAAACACCAACAGUGGAAACCUUCAAUUUUAAAAGAACUGGGUGACGACCAUGACUUGAUACCAACAGUGCCAAGAAAUGAUUACUGUUCUGAGAAAGAUGUUCCUUUCUUAGAAGAUGAGAUGUUGCGUGUGAAGCUCGUUGGAGACAAAGUCAAUAUAAAAGAUAUUGUUACUGGAAUUGUUUGUGCAGUUCUUGGACACGAGAAGGCAGAUGGUACCUUCGAAGUUGAAGACUGGUGCUUUCCUGGCUGUGCACCAAAAACUAUUACUCCAGAACCUGUCACCAAGGGAAAAGUAUUAAUAUUAUCUGGCUUAGAUAUGGUUCAUCAUUCCCAGUCAUUAUCCCAGUCACUUUUAACGGAAUGGAUCUGUGGAAUGGCUGGAAAUUCAAUAGCUCAAGCAGAAGAAGCUUCCAUUGUCCGUGUUAUAAUUGCUGGAAAUGGAGUUAGAUCUAGUCCAGAGAUAUUCUCUAGCACUGGACUCUACAGUGGAAAAGCAAAGGACCGUGAAGUUUAUAAGGAAACUGCUGAGGGAACAAAACGCUUAGAUUCGUUCAUCAACGAGUUAGCACAAUGCUGCUUGGUUACGUUAAUGCCAGGUCAGCAUGAUCCAACAGGUGUCAUGCUACCACAAAAACCACUACAUCCUUGUAUGCUACCAAAGAGUUCAAGAUAUGAAAACUUCACUGGUGUGGCCAAUCCAUGGAGUGGUAAAAUUGGUACCCGUGUAUUCCUGGGCACAAGUGGUCAGCCUAUUGAAGAUAUUAUGAGAGUGAGUGGAUUGGCAAACGGGACGCCUCUGGAGUGGCUUGCAAAAACACUGGUUUGGAGACACUUGUGUCCCACCGCACCAGAUACUUUACCGUCUUAUCCAUAUUGCGGAAAAGAUUUGUUUAUAAUUCACGAAUGCCCUGAUAUAUAUUUUGUUAGCAAUAUGGACAAAUUUGAAACAAAAUUGUGGAUUGGACAAGACGGUCAGAGGGUCAGAUUAAUUUCGGUUCCUCAAUUUUCAACAACUAAUACGGCGGUCUUAGUCGAUUUGGAUUCAUUGGAUACACAGAUCGUUUCAUUUGGUACCAGCUGAUAAGCAUUUAUGAAUAUUCAACUUUAUAAAACCAGUAGUUUUAUGUGAAAACUUUUGUAUUAUCUGUAUACCUCAAAUUUUGUACUACCAACACGUCACGUAAUUUUUCUAUCAAAUAUAAAGCAUACAACAUA